GUUCUGUGUAUCAAAUAUGGUGGAUUCGAGCACCUUGGAUGCAGAGUAAACAAAUGAUACCAGGAUAUCUUUGAAGCAUUCAGAAAGAAUUUAUACAAAAUCCAUAAAACAAGAGUGAAUACAGGAUGGAUUAUAUAACUCAUGGAGAACAUUAAACAAGAAUGCCUGAAUUACCAGAAAAUGAACAACGACCAAAAAGCCGUAACGGAUCUGCAAGUAAACAACGUACUGAACUUAAUAAUUCACUAAAUAAUCAACUUAAUACCACAAGGAAACGAAUAGGAUCGGCUACAUACUACGACAUAGCUUCUACGUUACUAGGUCAAGGUCGAACUGCUGACCUUGAGGAAAUUUUCUUGUCUGCUGCUCGAGAUGGUGAUUAUGAGAAAAUCGAAAAUUUCUUACAACGACGUAGUGAUUGUUUAGUUAGUGUUGAUGUUAAAGAUAAAAGGACUGGAAAUACUCCCGUAAUAUGGGCUUCAAAAAGGGGCCACACAAAGAUAGUACAACUGUUGUUGAAACAUGGUGCUGACGUAACUCUACGUAACUAUGAGAACCAGACGGCCGUAGAGGUCGCCUCCUCCGCUAUAAAGACGGUGCUGCUGGAUUCUGUGGAAAGAACCACAGAAUCAUGGCAUCAUUUACUGCUGCAGGCUGCAUGGCAGGGAAAUGUCAAAGUUGUCAGAAAAUUACUUAAUGAAAACAAAGUUCGUGACAUAAAUUGCUGUAAUUCUGAAGGUCUGACGCCAUUGCUAUUAGCAACAAGGGACAUGGUGAUGUUAGAAAAGUUAUGUACACAGUUAAACAAACCCUACCAUCCAGCAGAAGUGGUGGCAGAACUCCUCAGAUAUCGAUGUGAUAUCCAUGCUACAGAUGGCGAUGGGAAAACUUGCCUUCAUUACGCAUCUCAAUCUAAAGCUAUCAUUUCACCAAUGGUGGUACAAACAAUCAUUACAGCAGGUCCAGAUAUGGAAUUGCAAGAUAAAAGAUUGUUUGCUCCUAUACACUGUGCCUCCCAAACAGGCAAUGUAGAUACAAUAGAAACAUUAAUACAAGGUGGAUCUAGUGUCAACAGUCGGGGGUUUGCUGGUACUACUCCAUUACAUAUAACAGCUUACAAUGAUCAUGAGAAAGCAGCUUCCUGUCUCCUUAGUCAUGGUGCUCAGGUUAUGUUGACUGAUGAUCGGGGUCUAACAUCACUAGACCUCGCCCGAGGGAAGAAAAUGAAAGCUACUCUAAAGGAGGCAUGGAUUGAGGCUACUAGGGGAAAACCUGUUGUAGACCUUGCCCCCAUUAGAGCCCCAAGCAGAGAAGAGGUCCGAGCAUCGGUAGAAAAGUUUGAUUCCAAAAGAAAAGGAGAAGUUAUUUUUGAUGGUUAUCCCUCCAAUCCAUUUGCCAACAUGCAGAGCACACCUCAUCGAGGUCAACCUGUAUCAAGACAUCUAAGUUUGAAGGAGAAAGCCAGUCGAGCUGAGGCUUUGAUGAAUAAAGAUAUAGAAUCUGGACGAUUCAGUCCAUCCCCAUAUGCCAAAGAAGGGCCACGUCGUCUUGGUGUUGUCAGAGGACGUAAACCUUCACCUUUACCUCGAGUGAACAGUAAAGAGCGACACCCAUCAGUUAGUCCAGACAGACUCAGCAAUGGUGGAAGAGAGUCACCAGCAUUUAACAGAAAUGGACGAUUUAGAAAAUCAUUUGAUGAGGGCAGACUCAGUAGAAACAGAAAUAAUAGUAAUAAAUUAUUAACCCACCCAUCACCUGGUUCCCGGUUCAACAAAGACAGUGGUAUAAAUACUCCAACAGAAGACUUGGAUAACUGUCUACAGAAUUCUAGAUUAACCCCUGUAUCACCAUCUCCAAGUUUGUCAAAGAAAAAACACAAAAGAUCCGGAUCAGACACAGCAACCUCUAUAAAGGUCGGCCAUGUUGCUGCAUCAUGUGAUCCUAUCAUGGCACAGAAAGGAUGUGUGUCACAUCCAUUGAGUCGUAGUGAUGACUUCACAUCAUCUCCGUAUUUAAUACGAGUAAAACCUGCACAAACAAGAGAAGAUAACAAACAUAAAUCUAACACACGCAGUGUCGUUCUGGAUUUGGAGAGAAUGGGUUUAGUAAACAAAUGCCAAACACCCGUCCAGGGAGCACCAGUGUGUCCUACAUCGUCUAAAGUGCUGCCACCUACACCUACAUGUACAAAUGAGAAUAGUUGUCUAGAGUCAAAGACCAUCAACAGAGACGAUACUGAUUCAUCAAAGGAAACUUCUCCUCGUUCUGAUGAAGAUCACCCUAAUUUAGGAGGAGAAAUUAAACAGGCAUUUAGUAGUACCCUUACUUUACUGAGGGCUAAAACAAAGUACAAGGAAGAUUUUGUUUUGGAAGAUAGUCGACCCAAAGAUUUAAAAGAACUUUUGAUCUUACAAUCCUCUGGAAGUGAGGAGUCUAACUAUGGGUCCAUUUCUAGUCGCAGUAGUGACUCUUCAAAAGAAAAUAAUGGACAACCAUAUAAAAAGGUCAAUAAUUUAAAACCUGUUCCUCAAAAACAGCAAGAUUUAAAGAAAAAUAUAAGAACUUUUCCGAAAGACGGUAAAAAGUUUCAACUUAGACCCAAUAAUAACAGAGUAAUGGAAAGUACAUCAAAGAAGAAUUUAGAUGUUUUAAAGACCAGAUAUGAUACACCACCUGUUGGACAAGCUGUAAAUAGUGAUAAAGUAAUAGUGCAUUCAAACAAUUUGUUAAACAGUGAAAUAAAUUCAGCAAGGAAAGAAACUACGGGAAAUAGUAAUUUACAAAAUCAGGAGAAAUCUCAGGGUCAGAGCUCAGCAAGUGUUUCAAAAGAAAGUAAAACUAGUGUUAAACAAUCUAGUCAGUCUAAAAGUGCACAAGGUCAUGUAGACUUUCAAGGUCAAAGACAAAGAACUGUGCAAAGUUUGAGAACAUCUAAUUCUGGUAGAUUAGAAAAUGAAGGAGAUAAAUCUGCCAUCAAAAGUAAUACUAUUUCUACAACAGUUUCUUCAAAUGCCAUUGUUAAACUUGGCCCAAAGCCAGGUAGCUCUAAACCAAUGCAAGUGGUUUCUAAUAAACUUAUAUCUAAUGUUCGUGAUGAAGUUAAGAGACAAAAAUCUGCUGGGCAAAAUGAACAGGAUCCUGGGGCUGAAAGAAAGAACUCUGCCAAAAAUUCAUCUUUAACAAAUAGUAUAAAACAAAUGAUAAAUGUUGCUAAAAGUGUUGUUGUGCCAAAUUCUGGAAAAUCUAAACAGAAAAACUUAUCAGUGAGUAAAUCGGUAGAUUCAGGUCCAUUAGUACCAAUAGAAAAUAAACAAACGCCUGCUAUUCCGUCCGAGUUUUUACGUACUGGUUCAGGUUCAGGAAAGAUUGUGUACACGGAUAUUACCAAUAAUUCUGUUUCUAUGACUUCAGAUGAAGGUAGUAAAAGCAAUUCAAAUACAAAAAAUAGUGUUAAAGACAAAGUUACUCAAAAUACAACAAACACAUCAACUACUUCUGGAAAUAAUGUAACAAAUACUAAACCAGAUAAUAACAAGCCAAAACGGCCUCCCCCUCCGUCUGUUGGAAAGAUAAAUGGUGCUAAUUCAUCCAAGAAUAUGUCUCAAUCUAAUACUGCUGUCUCCAAAUCUGUCACAAAAGUGUCUUCACCGGCUACAAGCAGAAAGAACUCGCCAUCACAACAAAACAAUUUAUCUGCCAAAAUCUCAUCUUCACCUCUGAUCAUUAAAUCAGCAUCAAUGUCUACCAUUCAGGAAUCACACAAUGACAAAUCGGCAAAUCUCAAAUCUCAAUCAAAUUCUAAUGUAACGAAAUCAGGAAGUGACUCAAAUAUAAAAGCUAAAAUUGAAGAGCAGGAACCUGCUAAUUUCAAAUAUAAACCCGCUAGUGCUGGCAAACCACCGUUAGUAGAAAUUUUACCGUCUGAUACUCCAAGGUCAAAAAGGACUCAGGGUGUUUUCAUUAAUCCACUAGAGCCUGUAGCUACACCUAUUAUUGUUAAUCCUUUUGAACAGUUUGAUAAGCCAACAGCUGUUUCUGCAACAGAGUAUGGAUUUGUUGUACAAAAGCCGGGGAUAGAGAGAUCUAAAACUCAAACUUCAAUAAGAAGUAGAGGGAAGAGUGCAAAGAAGGCAGGGAAAGAUGGAAAACCUGGUUCAGCAACAUCCUGUCGAACUGGAGGAAAACGAAAAGUUUUGAAAAAUAAAGAAGGUAAAAAUUCUGAUGAUGGAAAUAAUCGACCAAAGAGUGGUAAACCAAAAAGAAGAAUCAAAUCUGGAAAAAGGAGGAAAAAAUCUGCAACUGAUACUGUACUUACAAAACAGUCAGAACAAUCUGAUAUUGCUUUGAUUUCUGGGAUAGGUUGGCAUGUAGCCACUUCCUGUUAUGAUAAAUCUGAUGUUGCUGCUGUACAAAGAAUUGGGUCAGAUUCAUCGGAGUCAUCAGACAGCGAUGACCUUGACAUGCCAACACCACGACAUUAUCGUCCAUUACAUAUUGAAACUUCAAACCUUGCUGAAUUGUCUGCACAUUCUCCAAGGUUCCUUGAAGUUAAACAAAGACAGCAACAGAGAAACGAAAAUAUUCCAGGAGUAGAUAAUGACGGCUACCCACCAAUGAACCUGGAUGUAACACAGAAUUCAUUGCCAUCAGCAUUUGAUAUAGAAAAUUUCUUGAAAAACUUGAAUCAAGAAGCUGGGUCAGAAACUAAUUUUGAUCAAGCAAUUAAAAGUUUGGCAAUAAUACCUCAGGAUGUAGAUUAUGAUCCAGAUUAUGCUAAUUCGCCUGAAAUUGACGAGCAGACAGCUGCAUUACAUAGACAAAUCUUACUGGGAAAAUUAACUCCCAUUCCAGAAUCUCCGUCGAUAAAAUCCACUCAUGUUCUUAAAACUGCAGAGGCUAUAAAAAAUUUUGAUCAUAAAGUGAAAGAAGAAGCACUUAAUCAGUUACUAGGACUUAAUUCAGACAGAAAUAACAAUAAGAGUUUAGAGAAUGGGGUAAAUAAUGUUGGCAUUGUGAGGAAUAGUGCAGAGAAUAUGGUAAGAAACAGUGCAACUGAUAUUGCAUUAGGAAAUACCCUAAAUUCAAGUCCUAAGCAAACUAAUUCUCACCCUCCUUCAGGUAAAAAUAGUGGGAGUAGACGCAUUGAAAGAACUCCAUCGUCUGAGAGAAGGGGACAUAAUCCUGCAAGUAGGAGUUCUAGUAAUACUUCAGUGAAAGACAAAAAUAAUAGUGCAUUAAAGUUAAAUUCCAGAAAUGAGUCUGGAAACUCUAAAGGUAGACUGUCACGUCAAAGUUCUAGUGACCUUAGAAGGUCAAGUGAAGCCAUCAAUGAAUCUGAGAAAAGAAAAUCAAGGGAGGCAAUCAAUGAUGUAGGGAAAAGUAGUGAAGUUAAAACAGUGAAUGAAGAAUUCAUAAAUGAGAGGGAGUCAUCUGAAGAAUGUCUGUUAGAUGCAAAGGGAAACAUAAGUUCUAGGAGAGAAAGAAAGUUUUCUGAAAGUAAGAGUGACCAACCUGAAGAUGACAAUAAUAUUGAUACAGUUAUUGAAGAAAUCUUAAAUAACAAUACCUACAGGUCAACAUCGUCUAUCAGAUCUACUGGAUCAUUUAGGAUGUCUAGUCGUACUGACACAAUUACUCCAGCCGAUCGGCAGUUGUUAUUGAGAAUGACUGCUGAGGCAGAUAACUCACCAUUUCAUGCAGGUAGACUUGCAGAGUCUUUUACACCUAGAGGAAAUCGAAUGUUUGACCAAGAUGAGAAAAAUAGACUUGCCGAGUCAUUUACACCUAGAGCAAAUAAAGGUGAAAAUAAUCUUAGGAAACCUAUGUUAUCUGGUAGUAGUAGUCAACCUCACCUUAAUCAGAGUGUUGAUAUAGAAACUAAAGAAACAAUGAAAAAAAUUCUGAAUAGUUUUAAAAAGAUGGAAAUGUAUGUUGGUGAUAACAAACGCGAGACAAGGAAAGAUGUGAAAAAACCUGAGAUUAGUGCAUCUGUACCCACAUCUGCUGUUAGGGUAUCAGUUAGACCAGGAACCCCAUCUAAAGCCAAAUCAGCUGGGAAAUUCACUGAGAUUAAGAAGGAAAAGAUGACCCCACGAGCUGAGGAAGGGAGAGUUGCUAAGAGCUCUACAAGAUUGGAGGAUAGCAGGGUUGUAAAGAGUAGUUCUCAUAAUGUAAAGAGUGGUUCACAUAAGCAGAAGUCUUUCAUCCGACAGUCAGUAGAACCUAGUAUACAGGUAGAAUUACCUGUGAUACCUGUUGCUGGUGGUGACUUUGAUGAGGAAGACCUACUGAUACCUGAUAAUGAGACAAUUGUGAGCCAUUUAUCAAGUUCUGACAGUAGAUCAGGCAGUGCUUGUACAGUGUUCUCCCAGACAGAGGAAACCAUACAGUGGAAAAAAGGCAAUGUUCUAGGCAAAGGGGCGUUUGGAACGGUAUGGUGUGGUUUGACCAAUGAGGGACAGUUGAUUGCUGUUAAACAGAUAGAAUUGAAUACAAUGGACAAUGACAAGGCAAAGAGAGAAUAUGAAAAGGUCCAAGAAGAGGUGGAACUUCUCAAAACACUUAAUCAUAAAAAUAUUGUAGGAUACCUUGGAACUAGUCUAGAAGAAAACAUUGUCAGUAUAUUCAUGCAGUUUGUCCCUGGAGGAUCUAUAGCUAGUAUACUGGCCAGAUUUGGUGCUUUAGAUGAAGCUGUGUUCAGAAAAUAUACCAAACAGAUUCUAGAGGGUGUGGAAUACCUCCAUUCUAAUGAUGUUAUUCACAGAGAUAUAAAAGGAGGAAAUGUAAUGUUAAUGCCAAAUGGGAUUAUAAAACUAAUAGACUUUGGAUGUGCCAAACGUUUGUGUAUAAAUCUAAGUAUGGGACAGUCACAAAUACUCAAGUCCAUGAAAGGUACACCGUACUGGAUGGCUCCAGAGGUGGUCAAUGAAACUGGACAUGGCAAGAAGUCAGAUAUAUGGAGUGUUGGUUGUACUGUAUUUGAAAUGGCAACAAGGAAACCUCCAUGGUCUAAUAUGAACCCUAUGGCAGCCAUUUUUGCCAUUGGUUGUGACAGACCUGUGCCAGAGUUACCAGAAAGUUUCACACUAGAGGCCAGAGACUUUGUCAACAGUUGUCUUACCAGGGACCAAAGUAAGAGAUUAUCAGCUACUCAACUAUUGCAUCAUGAAUUUCUGAUACGAAGAAGACAUUCAAAUAAGAAAUAAAUCCUAGUAAACAUGUUCUGAUACAAAGAAGAAAUUCUACCAUGAAAUGACAAGUCUUUCAACCAACCAAUUAGUACACAGAAUUAGUACACUACAUGUACCUAGUCGUAGAAGACAUUUAACAAUGAAAUGAGGAAGCCUAGUGUCGUAAAGGAUAUAUGACAUUGUCUAAGACAUUCUAUAAGUACAGGAUUGUACCUGUAAAGAUAAAGAGUUAAAAUGACAGAAUUAUUACACCACAAGUUGGUUCUUGCAGUAAACCUUUUUUAAAGAAUGAUUGAUACAUGUACCAAUAUUCAGAUUAUUGCAUUGGAAAAGAAGUUGCUUGUUUACAUCAAGAAAGUAGAAUGAAUGAAUCCUGAGUCUCAAAUCUACUCAUAAGAGAUAUUUUCAUUAUAAGAAUACAUUGUAGCUAGUCUACAAACAUCUGAGAAUCUUUGAAAAAAAUACAACUUUUUGAUGGCUUCAAGCUAUUACAUAAAAUAUGGAAGUGACCACUUUACAUAUUAAACCAUUUGUAAUAAUUUUUGGUUUCAGAAUGAUAAGAUUUGUAAAAUAGGUAUAAUUCGUAAACAUUAAUAAUAAUGGAGCAAUGUGUAGCAUUUAAGGACUUUUGGGACCACAAUCAUAGACAUGGAUAAUGCUGAAAGGUACAAUGUAAGUAAAAAAAAAGGUAACAAAUUUGGACCAUGUUUAAAGAAGGACUUAUGCUUCAAGGUGCUAGCGUCAAGGGACCAUUAUGAAAGAUGGUGAACAUUAAGGGACCAUUAUGAAAGAUGGUGAACAUUAAGGGACCAUUAUUAAAGAGGUAAAAUUGAGGGACUAUAAUUAAAGAUAUGAAAUUGAGGGACCAAUAUUAUAGAGAUAACAUUGAUAGACCAUAAAAAAAAAAUAUAAAAU